AUGACCCCUCCUCGUCGUAUCAUCGCAUUUAGUCGCUUCGUCAAUUAUUGGGUCUCUAAAUCAAUGCUCAAGAUGUCGGCCACUUAUCUUCCCCCAGUAAUGUACCAAAAGCUAUUCGAACGUGAUGAUCCAACCCCGCUACGCCCCAAGUCUGUCCGCUUUCCCGAGCUAACGCCCCAAAUCUCAAGCUUGAAGCUAGCCGGGAAACGUGCACCGGAACAAGUUCUGACUACGCUGCAUCUAUUAAAUGAUGAUAUAAAGGCUGCUCAUGACAUCGCAGAGCCCUGCUACGACCAGGUUCAGACAGUUGUCGGAUCCCUUGCUCGUAAAGAACUUUGCGAAGAAUGCGAGCGAGAAUCUAUCCAUGAGUGA